CUGCCACUCAGCGCUAACGAGCGAGUGCUAGCAUGCUGCUGCUCUUUGCUGCGCUUGUCUUCUCUGCCGGCCUCCAUCAUGGUGGUUCGUGGCCACUCCCUGGAAAAGGUCUCAGCCCAAGUCUCCACAGUGUGAAGGGCGACCCCGAGACGCUGGAAGAGCUGAUGGCGCUGGACCACGGCCUGGUGGAAGGCGACAUCAUUCUUCACAGUGAACGCAACGCCGUAGACCGGAAGUGGCCCACCCUGGACAUCCCGUAUGUGAUCAGUCCAGGUCUGGCCGCUCGGACUGAGGACAUCGUCGCCGCCCUGGAGAUGAUCUCGGAGAACACCUGCCUGACCUUCCACCGGCGCAGCAACCAGCAGGACUACAUCUUCUUUAGAUCUGCCAAAGGGUGUGCGUCCUACGUGGGCAUCAUCGGCGGCAAACAGGACUUGCACGUGGGCCGCUUUUGUAAGGUGGGCAACAUCGUCCACGAGGUCCUCCACGCGCUGGGAUUCUACCACGAGCACACGCGGCCGGACCGCAUGAACUACAUCACCAUCAUGUCAGAGAACAUCAUGAAAGGGCGGGAACGCAACUUCCAAAUGCAAACCGGCAGAACCUUCCAGCUUCCGUACGACCUGCUGUCCAUCAUGCACUACGGCAGCAAUUAUUUUACAUCUAACGGGGAGCCCACCAUCAAGUCCAAAGUGAAGGAGAGCGGAAUGGGUCAGCGGAUAAUGAUGUCGCCAACCGACGUCCUAAGAGUUCGCCUCCUCUACAAAUGUGACUCGCAUAAUAAAACUGGUCAGGCGGAGCAGGAAGCGGGCGCCCUCUCGUGGCAAUACUGAGAACCAUAUCUGGUUGCACGUGACGUCAUCAGCCUAGCUGCAGUGGAGGGGUCGCUGCAGUGGAGGGGUCACUCCACUGGAGCACUCCACAGCACCUGAGCAAAACUUCUCAAUAAAAUCUACUUCUAACA